AUGGUUGAUACAGAAAGAGGAACGACUGAGAACAAAGAUCCAAUAGAGUCAAUUCCAAAACCUAUACUUGCAAUAGUUAGUUCAAUUCAUUGUUUUGUUAUGCUAGGUGUUACACUUAUUAUUCCAAUACUUGAAGUAGCUAUUGGUGCAUCAUAUCGUGAUCAAUGUCCGAUGAAUCCAAAUAUUCCAAUAUAUCUUAUUGUAACAGGUGCAUGUGGAAUGGCUAGUAUUGUUCUUGUCUUAGUUAUAAAUGGUGGAUUUAUAUGGUGUAUUAAACGAAAUUCUAUUGCUGUAACAUUUGCUAUGUUAUGUCUUACGAUUAUUAUAGGAUUGUUUAUAUUAUUGAUGAGCUUAUUUUUAUUUGCUUGGUUUAUUGUGGGUAAUGUAUGGAUAUUUGGAGCAAAAAAAGAUGUUCAGUAUGAUAAUCCAUUAUCAUUUACCAAUUAUUGUCAUCGUACAUUAUAUGAAUUUGCAUUUGCGAUACUGAUUAUAACCUGGAUUAUGCCGGUUGUCUGCUGUAUAUAUCAUUGCAUACGUGGUUGUUUUCAAACUGAAACAAAAGGUGCAAGAUGA